GCGGUAAACUUGCUUUGGAACGACUUCUCGGCAAGAAAUACGGAAAAAUUGAAAAUUAUUGAGGAAUUACCGAAAAUAAAUCGACGAAUGUUCUUGCGGGGAAAUGUGGCCUGAUGAAGCGCAACUAGUUUUAAGGAAAUCAACGACUUUCCAGACGAUUCACUCGCCAAAUGCUAAGAAUCAACAUGAGGAUGACAAUUCAGACACUGACACACUCGGAGGCAUCAUUUUUGAGGGUAAACUCGGUUGGGUAGCUAAUGGCGCUUAUUUGGAGGUUAUUACGAUUGACUCCGGGAAUAAAUUGGCUGUGUUUGAUUUUGAUCGGAUCUUGAGCACAAACGACUCUUACAUCUCCUGCAUCUCCGAAAUCCACAUUGCGGGCGUCAAAUCCUGUUGUUUGGCUGUCGGAUUACAACUUGCAGCAAAUGGAGGCAAAAUUUGCAUCGUUUCCAUACAAGGCUCAUGCGUUCUCGGCAUGAUCGACUUCUUUGACAAAGUCACAACGUGUCAUUAUGUCCCGAAACGACAAUCAGACCAUUCCUUACGCAGUUUAUUGCGAUGUUUCGACGGAUGUUUGGCUGUCGGAACGGAUCAGGGAAAAGUUAUUCUCCUCGAUAUGUGUUUCAAACGCUGCAAAUAUGUCAUUGACGAGCUAAUGUCAUCCGAGGACAAUCUCGAAACGCAACAAUGUCACAUAAUUUUCGCGAAUGCCGACCCCGAAGAGAUUAUGGAGCAUCACGAGCAGAGUAAACAAGAUGAUAUUUAUUUCGGGAUUCAAUUAGAAGUGUUGGAAAAUGCACGAAAUGUUCAAUCUAUCGUCGUAAUUCCCUAUUCGAUGACUUUGGUUGUCGGUUUGGAUGACGGGCGAAUGGUUUUGUACGAUUUGGAGAAUUUACAGGCGUUUCAUUUGGCAUAUCCGCCGGAAAAGGCAGCUCCGUUGCUUUUUUUGAGUUAUUUAGAGCCCGCAGACGAUCCGAGAGCUUGUAUUUAUGUAUGGGCUUUACAUGCAUCCAAAAAUGGGGGAAUUGGCGUCAUGCAUUCGAUCAUGUUUCAGCAUAAAUAUACCGACAGAACGGAAACUGUCUAUCGAAAUUUCCUGUCCUGUUCGCCACGUUUAACGAUGCCAAUGUACGAGAAAAGCAGUUGUCCGAUCGCUUGUCAUUCAAUUACGAAGUUAAUUGACGAGGAAGAGGAGCAACAAGUGACGUUAUGUGCAAUUUCGUGGAUUACAAAGCAAGGCGGGAUGUUGAUGGUGUUCGAUUUGAAUCAAUGGUACAAGGAACAAAUGCCCGAAAUUGGAGAUUGGCGUCGUUUUCCAAGUUAUACAGCUACAUUUCCCAUGGGAGAGCUUUGUCCGUUGGAUUUGUGCUUAGAUCCGGAUAUGAUUUGUCAAUUUAAUUCCAUUCAACGACCUGAAGAGCAUUUUUAUCCGAAUUCUCUCGGGUUUGACGUCUCAAUAUUAACGAAAAAGGAAAUAAUGCUCGUUAGUUGGCCCGGAUUACAAAAGUUAGUGCUCGAUAAUUUAGUGAAAGCAGCUUCAAAAGCCAUUUUGGAGCCCAGCAAAUACGUGAAAGAGAUGAUAAAUGCAGCUCUCAUCCCGCAAUAUCAAGAUUUUAAUAUCAACUUACCGAUGGGGAUUGAUUUAAAACGUGAAUAUCUUCUCACAAUCGCCUUGGAAUACAAUUGUGUGACAUUUUUGAAGAAAGUAGCGAUGGCAAUUGCCGACGGAAGUCACAUUGGAAAUGUUCCAACGGAAGCUCUUGGAUUAUCUACCAUCACGGAUUGGAUUUGGAAUCGUGCAAGAUCCCUCAAAGACACGAGCAAUAAUUUUUCCAUCCCCUUAUUUGACUAUUCAGGCCGUACUAUCGACUGUGGCAUGCAAAAAAGUCUCACGCUUUGCACGAGACAACUUCGAGUCGUUGCAAAUUUAAUGGAGCUGAUUUGUACAGAGUGUCAACAAUUCAUCCCGGAACACGUGCAUAAAAUUUUGCUUGAGCAAUUGCAAUCUAUUCAACUCGCAAGUGACUAUCAGGAAGCAAUUCAAUGGCUUUUGAACGUCGGAUUGCUGCCUGAAGGUGUUUGGCGAUCAGAUUCGCAUGUUUCGUCACAACCUGAUGAACCGAUUUUUGUUCCGUAUCCUUUUCAUUUGAUAAAUUCGUAUUAUUCGACGCAGAGAAUGAAGCUGAGUUUGGAUCAAAAUUACUCAAAUGGACCGUCGCCGUUUGUUUAUAUCGACACGUUCAUUGAAUAUUGCUGUGAUAUGCAGGCAAUUCGAGAUUUGUGGAAGGAACAAGGCGGAAGUGGUCUUUAUCCGCCUGGAUCGUUGCAAAAUAUGUUACGAGUGUUGCUGAUUCCUGAUAUUCCGAUUGAAGCGAAGCAGAUUUUGUUUGUUUAUUUGUUCAUGGAUAUCAAUCAUGUUUUGAGUGAUGGGAGAUACGCUCCUGUCGUUCAAAAUCUGAUAAAAUUUCCUGCAGUGUUCAAAAUGGAUCCCGCUACAAUCAAAGUCACACAAAGUUUUUGGUUUUUGGAUCAUGGUGACUUGGAUACUGCUGUCGAAGAACUCAUCUCCCCAUUAUCACAAAGUCACAACCUCAAACAAUGGCAACGUGAUUUCCUCAUAACCACACUUUUGAAGCAAGAUUCUCCCCAUCUUGCCUUGCGAAUUUUAAAAGCACCCGGAGUUCCCGUAAAACCAUCUCUCGAAUUAAAAACACUUCUCGCUAACGAUUUGGUGUCUGAAGCAUUCAAAUUUCAACGUGCCAAGGGCGACAAAAACCUGUUGAUGCAAUUUUUCGAGGGAACCAUGCAAAUCCAGAAACGCGAUUUACUUCUCGAUUUAUCGUUGAACGAAGAAGAAUCGAAAGUUUUGGUUGAAUUCUUGAACGAUGCCAAAAUUUCACUCACGGAAAAUCUCCAUUUUGUCUAUUUACUCCAAAGAUCGGAUUUUGUGGAUGCCGUUUCCUUAGUUGACAAGUUAAUGAAGACUCCGCAGCGCGAUCGAAGCUACGAUUUAAACGUUCCUCGAGAAAUUUUGACAAUUUAUCACACAACGCUCGAACCAACAUCAAAACAAUUGACAUUUUUGGCAUACUCGAAUCCGGAAAAGUUUCAAUUGAAGAAAUUUAAAGAGAUGCCAAACCCCUUGAGCAGUUCUUUGAUUCGACAAAAGUUGGAUCCGUCAGCUGGGAUUUAUCAAAGAUCAAUUUUGAGCGUAAAAGAGGCGGGAAAUCGUGAAAUGUUCGAAGAUGACAUCAAACACGAACGAAGUUUGCCAUUUUUGAGACGUUCGGGACUUGGAACGUUUAGUUUCGUGCAAAAAACGCAAUCCAACAACGUUGUUUACCCCGAAAUUGUCGAUCGCAAGCAAAAAGCGAAACGACAACUUGACGACAAGGAAAAGUACGACAUUGAUUUCACGGAAUAUGAGGGUCCGAGGAAAAGGCGACGCUUGGAUGAAAGUGAAGUACCGCGAAAAUCGUUGAAAGACUAUGAUGUAUCCGUGCUGGAACGUUUUAAUCCAAAGACAAAACCAAAAUUCAACUUUACUGAAGGAAAUUCCAUCAAUUUUGGCGCUGAUAAUGAACGAACUCCCGAAAAAAUUCAUUCAACGAAGUCAAUUUCGCCUUCAACUUUGCUGAGAACGCCAAUUGUCGAAAAAGCUCACAUCGAAGGAUCACCCGAACGACAUCGCUUUACGCCACAGAGCAUUUUAAAGUCAGCAUCUCAUGCUAGUUUGCCUCGCAGCACAACUCCCUUAUCGUAUGUCAGUCGAAAAUCCUUUGAUUCAGAAGAUCCCAAGAGCAUCCGAUUCGCCAUUCCCGGAAAUAGCAGCGUUGACACUUCAUUUAACUCAAGUGUGCUUCAAAUGAGCAAUCAAACGCUCGAAACGACACAAAAUAAGACAAUUGAUGACUCAAUUGUGUCGAAAGAUGAAUUUUACUCGCCCGACGUCAGUGUUCAAGCACAAGAUCAAACAAUGAAGGAGCCCGUUAACGAAAUUUCGCAAGAAUUGGACGACACAGAGGAGAAAGACGAAACAAUUGACGCUAAAAUUGACGUUUCCGAAGGUCAUGAAGAUUUUUCUUUCCUCGCAGAUGCUCCCCAUCCUCGUCCCCCGAUCAGAAGUUCAUCGCGCAACAGUCAAGGAUCCGCAUCUCCGCGAAAUUCGAGAUCAAAUUCGCGUUCUGUGAGCCCUUCAUUCAACAAAACGCGCUCCAAAUCACGCGAAAUUGAGGAAAAACAACCAGAAUCGCCCGAAAAUGCAGGACCUUCAAUACCCCCAUUCGAUAAUGCAUCCACUCCCAUCGCUUCGUUGACUCAAAAACGUUCACAAAAAUCUUUGGGACGCGCUGUUUUAGAGAAAAACCUAAAACAAUCCCUUAUGACGGAUAUUUUCGGGGAAUAUAGCAAAAACGCAAGUCAAACAGAAGAAACGGAGACAAAUAUUUCGCAAAUUUCUGAAACAGACAACUCCGACAUCAACUUUUUAUCAUACGAGCAAUCCGGGAUAUUGACAGGAGACACUCUCGUUGAUCAGCAAAUCCUGAAAAAGAUGAUGGGAGAUGAAACUGUUGCUUCGUUAGGGGAACCAACGAUGGGAGAUAGCACUUUGCGCUUGUUAAAUGCGAGUUCGACGAUUUUAUCUGACUCGAGCAACUAUGAAGACUCGAGAGAUGACUUCAGUGCGUCGGAAAUUAAGGAAAUUAGCGUCGCCAAGCCUCAAGAAGAGACAAAGGAACAAGUUGAAGUUCAAGAAAUCGUUCCUCAAGACGAACCUGAGCCCAUGGAAACAGAAGUUACGGAAGAAUUACAAGAAAAAACGGAAAAUCUCCCUUCUGAAACUCAAGAAAUUCAACAAAAACCAUCAGAAGCCAUUUCAAUUGGUGACAGCGACGAAAGUUUCGACGAAGAUGAGACCGAACAUGGUAGCGAUGAGACAGAAAGUGAAGAUAAGUUCGCUAACAAGUCUGAAAGUGAGCAAGAAGAAGAGCCCGCGAACGAAUUAGAAGACACUGAAGAGUAUUUCGAAGAAGAACAAAGUAUUUUAUCGCAUGAUACGUCAUACGGAGAGUCUUCAACUGCUUCCGAACCAUCCACGCCGGGUAAAAUUCCCCCGAGAAAUGAUUCUGAAGUCAUUUCCAUUGGAAGUACCUCCGACGAAGACGUUGAAGAAGACGAAACGCAAGCUUCUGUGCCUGAAAUCCCCCCAAUGAACCUCCAAAUGUCACUUCAACCAGCAGAAAAUGAGCUUUCGUCGUAUUAUCACGAACAAUCAACCGCAAUGAAUCAAGGUCUCAUCAUGUCACACAUGGAAACAACGCACGAUAUUCCCGAAUCGUACACCGCAAGUCAAUCGCUGUUGUAUUUAGAUGUCGAUCGGAGUGAAUUCCAACCGCAAGCACAAAUGAACGAAGCGCAAAUGUCCCAAUUGUUGUAUGGCGAAGUCGAAACCGAUAACGACAGCAUGAAUUUGGCAAUUGUUGAAGACGAAUCGAGAUCCAGAGAUGUUCAAACGGAAGUUCAAGCCACGGAAGAGAAUCAAGAAGUGCCUGUUGUUGAAUCUCAGGUCCCGGAAGAAGUUGUUACCGAAGAUGUUCAACCGAAAAAAGUCAAAUCCAAAGUUAUUGAAGUGAAAAAAUCAGAAGUUGCGAAUGCUCGUGUUGAUAUUAUUAAGGAAAUUGAUGAAACAGUUGCUCAAGAAGUUCCUGCGAUGAUCGAGGAGGAAGAAGAAAACCCAACUGAAGUUGUUGUUGAAGAGCCUGAAGUGCAGCAAGAAGCGGAAAAUCUAUCAAUGGAAAAUGUUGAAGAGGAAAUUGUUGUCGAUGAAGUCAUGGAAGGGCAGGAAAUUCAAGCUGAAGAGGAAGUUCAUGAAAUUCAUGAAGAUGUUCAACCGGAAAUUGAUGAACCGCUUCAAGUUGAUGACGAAUCGAAUGACGCUCCAAUGAUAGUUCAUGUUGAAGAAACAGAGCCUGAACAGAAAACGACACCUGAAGAAGAAGAAGAAACAAAACCUCAAGAACGACUCAAAUUCACAAACUGAGAAGCAGAAAUUGCAGAAUGGUUGAAAACUGACGACGUUGUUCAACAAGAAGAAGUUGUCCAAAGUGAAGAAAUUGCUGAAAACGACGAAGCUAUGGACUUAUCUAACAAAUCUGAAGAAAAAGAGCAAAAAGUUGAGUCUUCUGAGCAUCAAAUGGAAAUUAUUGAAGAGCAUGUUGUUCAAGAAGGAAUUAAAAUUGUUGAAGAAAAGCCUCAAGAAAUUGAAAAACCAUCAAAAUCUGAAGAAACAAUCGAAGAAAAGCCUCAAGAAGCGACAAAAUCUGAAGAAACAAUCGAAGCUCAAGUUGAUUCCACAGAAAAAGUCGAAGAAAAGCCUGAACCUGAGCCAUCAACAUCUUCAGAGAAGAAAAUUGACAAUCGUAAGUCACUUUAUCCGCAAGAUCCGCUCGAUACAUCUUCAAUUAUCCCUCAACCGGAUGACGGAGUUGAAAUUGAUGUCCUUAACAAAUCCAAUCUUUACGAAAAUUUGGAAGAAAAACCCAAAAAAUCUUCUGAAAAAAUCGAAGAACCUGAAACGCUUCCCCGUAAAUUACGUUCUCGCGCUGCUUCCUUCGACCAAAAACCAUCCGCACUCGAUUCGCCCGUCAUCAAACGCAAUCUUCGAGCAACUUCUGUCCCGAAAUCCAACGAAACGCCUGAAACGCGUCUCACUCCGCGCAAAUCUCGUCGCAUUUCUGUCGAUACUCAAUUGGAGCAAAUUCAGGAAGGAACUCCUUUAGAAGUUCCCUCAACUCCCAAACGUCGUUCAGUUGUUGCUGUUGCCUCUGCGAAUAGCGGAACGCCAAGUAUGUUAACUCGAAGCGCAUCUCGUCGCCUGUCAACUGAAGCGAUGCAAGAACCAACAACUCCAAGUCGAAAUACGCGCGGCGCUUCAAAGGAACGAUCUCGAAUUGCCACGCGACGCAUCACAGACAACACGGAAGAAACAGCGACGGAAGACGAAGCUCCCGUUUCACGUCGAACGCGAGCAACUUCCGUCACGACAGACGACAACGACGAUAAUCGCUCGGAAAUUUCGGUCAAAAGCACGAGAAGUACUUCGAUUCGUCGUGCAGCGAGUGAAAAAGGCAAAACUCGUGCCCGAAAAGCCUCAGUUUCGUCAUCGACAGACACGUCGCCCGUGUUUGAGGAUGAAAAUUAUUCGCAAAGUCGUCGAUUGACACGCCGCCAACAAGCAAUGAUGGAAAAACUCUCACAAGCAAGCACUUCGAGUGUUGGCGCGAAGACAGAUGAGGAAGUUAGUGACACAGAAUCCAUCGCGGAGUCAGUUAAAAGUACAGCUUCGAACGUGAGCAAGCGAAGUACGGCAUCAAAACGCUCAACAACGAAGGUAGCAAAGGUAACCAAAUCAAAAUCAGCUCCUGCGAAGAGAUCCACGCGAUCCAACAGCAAACCUGAACAAGAAACUGAGGAAGUUGGCACCCGAAAACGGAAAGCUACGAAGCCUUUGCAUUUGGAAACGAUUCCAGAAGAUGAUAAACCUUCCAACAAAUCAACAUCAUCCGAGGAGCCUGAAGUUCAUGAAGAACCUGAAAUCCCCGUGAAAAGGACUCGUAAAGCAACUAAAAAAUAAAAUUGUUAGAAAAAAUGAGUUGACAAUUUGUUAUUCAGAUAGGAAAUAAGAAUUUUUGUUCGAUUUUUUUGACUUUUAAUAGACUUUAAGAGAUUUGUAAUUGCCAUGGUGCAAAAAAAUAUAACAACUGUAAUAAAAGAUGUUAAAUAAAUUUGUAAA